UUUUCUCACAACUAAGUAAAAAUUCACCUUCAAAAAUUUAUAUUGAUUUUGGAAGUACAUUGUAUUCCAGUAGAAUAUUUAAAACAAUCUUUCCUGGCCAUUUUAUACUGAAUAAAUUAGAAAGUAGUUCUUAUGGAAGUCAAAAACUUCUCCAAACUAUCUUUAUGAGUAAUUGUAUUUUUGAGACCCAAUAUGAAAAGCCAUAUCCAUUUGAAAGAAUGGGUGAGAAAAAACUCCCCAAACGUUACUGGCAAAUGAGGUAUUUGUUUCGAGAAUUAAUACAAAACCAUAAGAAGUGCCCUUAUUUGACAAUAUUAAAGAAAAAUUGUCCUGUAAGAUUUUCCAGAAUGUGCUCCUACCAAAUGGAAUGGCUACGAAAUACUUCUGCAAACCUUGAGCUUGGGUCUAGUACAAUGCAAACCUUUAAUGAUGUGAUAAGUGAUGCUGAACAGUGCUCUUCGUUAUAUAACUGUAGCCAAACCUGUAAAAUAACUAUUGAGGCUACAAAUUCUCCAUCAUGUCUGGAAUAUGGAGCUAACAAGAGCACUCCUGAACUUGUAAAAAAGAAGAAAACCAUUACACAUGACUUUGACCUGUUAAUACUUCUUAAGCUGCAUAGCAGUGUCUGGCAAGUGUAUUCGUUUGUUAGAGAAUGUUUGCAAAACAUAGUUCCUGAAGAGUUGUGGGGCUCAAGUCACAACAAAUGGUGUUUCUUGAAAAAUGUAAAGAACAUAAUUUACUCCGUCAAAUAUGAAAAAAUCUCCCUGUCUGAAAUAAUGUGGAAAGUGAGAGUAGAAGAUUGCACUUGGAUUCGUCUUGUAAAAAAUUCAACAUUUGAACUAUCAGAUUCAAAAUCUUUUUAGUGUUCUGAACUAUGAGAGAAGCAGAACAUUGAAUCUUAUAGAUGCCUCUGUAUUUGGUAUGGAUGAUAUCCACAAAAAAUGGAGACAAUUUGUGCUUGAAUUCCAUGAAUCCAGUGUUGAUAAAGGAACAUUUUAUUUUGUAAAGGCUGAUGUGAAAGGAGCUUAUGACACCAUUCCACAUUCAAAACUUAAAGAAGUAGUUUCAAAAAUAAUUAAAGAAAACAUUGAAGAGCACUAC